AUGCCGUCGCUGCCGCAUCGCCCAGCGCUGGCUCCUCGUGACGGCAUAUCCAGCUUUGUGUCGGUCCAAAGUUCAGACUCGUAUUACAGCAACGAAGAAAUUGCUAUUCUCCACGAUGUCGUCGCAGCUGCCCAAGAUAAUUUGGACCUCCUCCCCGAGGGUGAGAGGCUGGCAACAAAUGCCCUUUUCCAAGCCUACGACACCGUCCUCCCUAACUACGGUAUCGAUCCGGAGGAAGACCACCAUAUAUCGCGUCUUGUCUUCCGGGUUGGUGGUGAGCGCGGCGAUGGCUCGCUUCUGGAUAAACUACGCAGCGUCUUGGAAAGGAUGGGCAUCGAGCUUGAAUUCGACAGUCGCAGCGAGAGUUCAAGGCGGCUUUCAUACCAGGAAGACGCACGAAACGAUGAUGCUGUUUCCCAGCCGUCUUCCCUACGCUCCAUUGCCGGUCAAGGCUCUGCUGUCUCCGAAAGUGAGAACUCUCAAUAUAUCCAGUCGCAUCAGCAGGACGUUCUUAAGUCUCGAUCUGUGUCAGCCGAGUCUGGAUACCUCGAUCAUCAUUCAUCAAACUCAAAGUUGACAUAUGCAGCCUCGGGCCUGAGACACUUGGAUCACAGGCCAGUCGGACCCCUGGAACACCCACCACCAAGCCACUCGCCGUCCACGGCUGGAAUUACAGAGCAAAGCCGCCAAAGCCCGCGGUCUGGCGCUGGUUCGCACGAGCAACAUAGGACGAAUGACACCACUGUUCAGCCUGCUGGCCCUCCCGCUGUUCUCCAUUCUGAAAAGAAUAGGAUUAUUGCUUCUUUGCCUUCGGUUGAAUCCAGACCUGUGCGAACGGUUAAUUGGCUUUUACCAGAUGAUGCUAAUGCUGAGCACUUUCCUAAGGGACAUAACGCCCCCCUUACUGAGCAUAAGACUCAAAACCAGCAGUCUCAGCAGGACCAGCAACAACUUGCAAAUAAAAUACAGCAUUCUUCCGAUGAAAAGACCGUUGAUGACAGCGUCAACGGCCACAAGCAAGGUGUAUCAACCAACGAGCAGCAGAAUGUCGAAAACCAUCGUCGUAGUGAUGCCAACGUUGGGGAGCCUUUCAUGCACAACGAACUACAGCAGCUGCAGCCACCAAUAUCGGCUGAACAACAUCCUUCAAAGAGUGUCGAAUCUGACCCGCAAAAUGUACCUGAUGGCGAAGAGCCGGAAGGAAAUGCUGCGAUGGAGGCGCAAUAUUCCGUGCUAAAACGUCGGGCGGCUAAGGCAUCACGCUACCUGCAACUCCUCAGAGGUAUAUCACAUUGGAAACAGUACGCAAUUGAAAGACUUGAGCGAACUGCUGUAGCGAGGAGACAUAUUUUGCGGAUGCGUCACUUUGACCCUUGGGAACUAGUCACAGCUGAUACUAAGCUCAAGGGACGCCGCAUCUUCGCCUUACGCAUAGUGACUCUAUGGCUUAAGCGGACCGACAAUGUCAUGGUGGAUGGGCAUCGAGCCUUGGUGAACACUCAACACCGCUUGACCAACAGUGCACUUGCUGCUUGGUUUACGUCCUGUCCCGCUUACACGGAAACUCUGAACCAACCUCGAUUUCUAGCAGCCCAAAUUCGCAGAUGGCAGUUAAGCUCUUCCGUGUCCCAAGCUCUCUGCACUCAUGCAAACGAGUUCGGUAAAAGAUUCUUCAUAUCUCGGGUUUGCGGUUCCUGGCAGCAGCAUGUGCUGGCUCAUCACCGAGAUAUAGAUACAUUCCGGCGACUCAGGGUAGUCCAAGACUCCUUGAAUCAAUGGCAACUGGAAACGAAAGUUGAGCUUUUUAAGGCCCGGAUGGGUUUCAGACUUAUACGCGAUGCACUGUCUAGAUGGCAUAGCACCUGUCGGUUCCCUCCUUCUUGUGGUCCACCCAUAAGACAUGGCCACAGACGAUGCAUCAACGAUGCAGUCGAUCAAACCCGGGCUCACUUGACAAUCAGUAUCGUUUCGCCCUUGAUAAUUUCACAGAAGAUGCUUAGAACCAAAGUUCUGGAUACUUGGCAACGACAAGCAUCAGCAUCAGCUAGGGCCAGCACAAGGUCGCGCCGUUUCGCCGCGCAUCAAGGGGCACUAAAAGCGGUAAAUUCUUGGUAUCUCGGCGUUCAUCAGAAGCAAAGCCUUUCUACAUGGGCGCAGCGUGGCUUCUUUUACGUUCAAGUCACUGGGGCCUUAAGCACUUGGCGCUCAAAGGGAGUGUGGCGGUCUUCUACACGGAAGGCUUAUGCACGAUGCAGACAACAUGUCAAAACUGCCUUUACGAAAGGAUACCUAAAUCAAUGGAAGGCCUCCUCUCAACUCUACUCGACCAUGGAUUGGCAAGCAGCUAAGCGGUACAACAUCAUGAAGCAACAUCGUUUGGUCUUUGUACUGGACGUGUGGCGGGACGAAAGCAACAAUGACCGAGGCGCCUCCAGGCUUCUGACGGCUGCCUGGUUGGGAGAGUGGCAGGGCAUGUCUCAUGAGCUCGCUGGCAUACACGGCCGCGCAAAAGAAGCUUGGAAAGAGAAUUUGAAAUCGCGUUACUGGGGCCAGUGGCAGUCCACUCUGCUGCGGCUCAAGAGCCGAGAGUACGUUGCCUCAGAUGUCAAGGAACGAAACAAAAAGAAACUUGUGCGCCGGCUUCUCCUGUAUUGGAAGGGAGAUGGGGACCUAAGCGGAUCGCAGCAGACCAAUAUCAUGAGAGCGAGUCUUGGGAAGUCACGAAGGGACCUUGGAUUGGGCGCAAAUCUGAACUCCCUACAGCUGUCAAGGGCAGUGUAUGAGCAGUCAGGCGCAACCUCCUUUAGGGAUUCAAGGUUGGAAGAAUUCGGACCAACAGUAGAAGAGGAUGACCAGGACGGGGUCUACAUAACGGGUAGCGCCUUUACUAUUCUCGGCGACUCCAACACCAUCAUUCAGACCAUCUACGAUGACGACCCAAGUCAUUUGCAGGCUGUUGCCUUUGACGAAUCAUCAGGCAAAAUUGCCACUUGCACCGGCUCCCUAAUUAGGAUUUACAGACCAUUUGGACAGUCGGAAGACGCUCUAAAGUGGGGUCUUCAAUCCUCAUUCCCGAUACCUGAUUCUCGAGAUGUCAUCGACGAUAUCGCUCUAAGCUGGGGCGCUUCCGAAGAACUUCUUGUUGCGCAUUCCACCCUUUCCAUGUAUUUGACAACCGACGAGCCAAUACCGUUAUGGGGCAAAGCCUUACCGAAUCCUUCAAAGCUUGCAGAAAUGUCAUACGACUCGGCUUACAUCGCAUCGGUUGGCUUUCAGGACUGCCUCGUUAAAGUCUGGCGACGUUUGACAUAUGGGGCUGAAGAGGUACGUUUCGACUUGGCCUACUUACGGCAUCCAGACGUUGUAACGGGCAUUCGAUGGCGGAAGCCUUAUCAUAUUCAACAAACUGUCGACAAUGUCCUCUAUACUGUAUGCGCUGACAACGUAGUCCGUGUUUGGACUGGAUCUGAUGCCCACACGCCCCAGCAGCUGAAUUUAUGGGGGACUGUUGACCUGAACUCCUCGUUCAGAGACCAGAGCCUCCAAAGCGAGAUGUUCACAAACCCAGUUCUUGCUUUCAUACUCGACGGUAGGGAAGUUUCUGCUGCUACGGAAUUGGCUGUUCAGCGUGGCCCAGUUCAAACCAGAAAUCACGAUACCACCCUUGAACAUCUGAUUUCACUCGCAAAUAAAAGUCCCGAGCUCUGUAUCGCAUCCAAUGGCGCCGGGGACAUGGUCGUUUUUGCUUUAGAGGACGUCGGGUCCAAGAAUAGCAAAACCAGGACCAUAAACGACGUAGCACACUUGAAGUCGCAGUACCUUGACUUCUGGCCCAAAAAGCAUGCUGAAGUACAAAGCUAUUGUGACCGUCGGACCGGGCGACUUCACAUAUUGAUUCACGACUUUGAUGGCGAGAUUCAACUAUACGAAACUGAGUUGGCAAAUUUUCUUAGCCCAUCCACAAGGGAAACCCGUCUCACUCGACAUUGCACUUGGUCUGGUCAUUCAGCACCCAUCAAGAAGAUGGUUCGCAAUUUCAGUGGUCGUGCUGUGGUUUCUAGGACUGCUGAGGGCGAAAGCAUUGUCUGGACCCAUGCUGAGAACAGCAAGUCUAGCCUUUCAAGGCAGUGUGUAAUUCCAGUGAACGGCCGCAUUCACCGCAUUUGUGUCCUACGAAAAGGUCGGUUCGUUGUGUUUUUAGAGCAUAGGGCCAUAUCUCUAUGGGACUGCUCGCACCAAAGGGCUGUUCUCUUAGAGCGUCAAUCUUAUGAGGUUUCUGGCAAACCUCUAUGUUUGUUAAUUCUUCCUCGACGGCGACUUGAUGAGUAUGCAGUGGCUCAUAUUGCUACCAUUACCUCGGAGCAGGAAGGUCUUGUCUGGGAGAUUAACCUUCCACACUACUCUCGUCAGGGAAAUGAGGCUCAGCACAAUGGUGGCGAAGACACGUCGAUACGAGAGUUUUGCAGGUUUCAGCUAGAGGAUGCACAGGGAAUCGCGUAUGUGUUGCCUGUUGAUCCAGCAGGUUCCGCGCCUGUUACGUCGGGUUUUCUCGAUGUCUUUGCUAGGGACAUUGCCAUUUCAUACACCCACAACGGACGCGUAGAUUUCUGGACAGCGCGUGUUGACCGUACAGAGGACCAUGUGGGGUGGCUUUCGACAUCAUCAGCAGAAACCGGUCUGUCAGAGCCAGCUCUUGUGAGUGGCAGUACUCUCAAGAAAGCGGCGCUCGUCGACUCAACCAGAUCUCAGCUAUUCAUAUGGGACAUUGGAGGUGCUCGACUCGAGUUCACACAAGACUAUGGAACGAACAACACUAUCCAAGACCUUGACUGGACAUCGACACCAGAUUCUCAAUCUAUAUUAGCAGUCGGCUUCCAGUCUAAAGUUGUGCUGUUAUGCCAAAUGCGCUUCGAUUAUCUCAAUAAGGGGCCGGCUUGGGCGGCUGUUCGGGAAAUCAGCAUUCGAGAAUUGACGCCUCAUCCAAUUGGUGAUUCUACCUGGCUGGGCGACGGACAUCUGGUUAUUGGGUCCGGUAACCAAAUGUUCGUUCACGACAGGGAGUAUGACUUGUCUAGCUCACUAGUGAAGAGUCUACAACUCCCGCACAAAAAAAAUGGCGUCUGGGAUUUGUUCGAAGCUGUGCAGCGAUUUAAUGGUCCGCUACCAGUCUUUCAUCCACAAUUCCUCAGUCAAAGCAUCCUUGCGGGGAAGAACACAGUGGUCCGAAAAAUACUCAUAUCAUUGCACAAGACACUCAAAUUCCACGUUGCAGGCGAAACUAUCGACGAUUAUCUUGGACUUGAUCCAGCAUCAUUUUAUCAAGAUGAGAUAUCAGAAAUGCCAGCAUAUGACUCCCAGUUGGGGAACCAUUUCAAUGUCCAGGCAUCUGCCGAUGAAGAUGAGACCUUUACCGAGGACGUGGCUUAUGCCAUAAACGAACGGUUAACAAAAAUUGGUCUUCAACAGCUUUCGGGACAUGAGCAAAUUCAACUGGCAGAUAUCAUUGAAUGCAUCGGGCUUGUUGAGAAGCAACGCAGGUCGUUAGAUGAGAAUGGCGCGCGUUUUAUGCUUUUCUUCCGUCAGCAUGCACUUCGAAAGGGUCGAACAAGUGAGAUACAAAUGUCUUGGCGAGAGAUUAACUGGGCCUACCACUCUACCAGCCAAGAUGUUCUCAUCGAUUUUGUCACCAAGCAAUGCCAUGGAAGAGUUCGUUGGGAGGAUGCAAGAGAAAGCGGCAUGUUUAUGUGGCUCAGCGAUCACAAUGCCUUGCUGGCACAAUUCGAAAAUGUUGCUCGCAAUGAGUACACAAAGAGCGAGAUAAAGAAUCCCGUCGAUUGUAGUCUUUAUUACUUAGCUCUUAAGAAAAAGACGGUUCUCCAGGGACUUUGGCGCAUGGCAAACUGGAAUAAGGAACAAGGUGCAACACAGCGAUUGCUGGCCAACAACUUUGAUGACCCUAAGUGGCGGACAACGGCACUCAAAAACGCAUAUGCUCUGCUAAGCAAACGUCGAUUCGAAUAUGCAGCUGCGUUCUUUCUGCUCGCAAAUCACUUGCAGGAUGCUGUCAACGUCUGCUUGAACCAGCUGAAAGACCUUCAGCUCGCAGUGGCCAUCGCGCGUGUCUACGAGGGCGAUCAAGGCCCAGUCAUGCGGAAGCUCUUAGAAGAAGAGGUGCUCGCAGUAGCAGCCAAAGAAGGAAAUCGUUGGCUUGCAUCAUGGGCUUUCUGGAUGUUAAAUCGCAAAGAUAUGGCAGUAAGAGCCUUAAUAUCGCCAGUAUACACGUUGAUUGAAACGCCUUGUGCUCCUGACAUGAGAUCCAAACUAUUCCUUACAGAUGACCCGGCGCUCGUGGUGCUCUACUCGCAACUGCGACAAAAAACCCUGCAGACUCUCCGUGGAGCCUCAAAAGUCACUCCUCGCGUCGAGUGGGAGUUUGUGCUUCAUAGUGCAAAGCUGUAUGACCGAAUGGGAUGUGACUUACUCGGCCUAGACCUAGUUCGGAACUGGGAAUUUUUGAAACCGGCAUUGAAUACAGCAAAUGAGUUUGGCGGCGAGAUCAAUCCAUUGAAAUUGUUGCGACGCCGUAGCUCGCUUGUAGUUGCAGACCUGCCUAUUUCAAACCUUCACGUUGAAAUGAGGUCGGGAGGGAGCAAGAGGAAAGAUUCGGCGCCGCCAACUAUAUUCCAAGAGCCUGACUCAAGCUCGCUGCUCGACAGCUUUGGGUUCUGA